AUGAUGAACAAUCAGUUUUCAAUAACUUUUCUUUUUGUUGUUCAACUUCUUUGUGCAACCACCACUGCAGCGACUAUCGGGGGAUGCAGCCCCCAAUCUGUUUCCAAAGGUCUAUACGCCGAAUAUAUCAAAUUGACCGAAGAUUAUAGUGUUGCUACGGCUAAGUUGGCCACUGUUGCUCUUACUGUAAUUGACAAGUCCGAAGCGGAAUAUUCCUGGGGAGGGGUAACUAGUCAAAAUUUCUACUUCGCAGAUCGGGGAGCCAGUGCAGUAAAUGGAGACCUAUAUGGAAAAACAGUUAACGUAGGACACUUUGGUUUGAGGCUCUCGGGAUAUUUUUACGCCAGUACAACUGGAGUCUACACUUUCGAGAUAAGCUAUGUUGAUGACGCUGCAUCUAUCACACUAGGAGCAGGAGUUGCAAUGGAUUGUUGUGGACUGGAACCGCUCACAGGAAAUGUUGACGAAAAUGCUUAUUUAAUUGGAGACGAUAAAAGUACAACUGCUACAGAGAAAGUCACACUUACAGCGGGAGCCUAUUAUCCUAUAAAAAUGGUCUACUACCAAGGAGGUAAGAAGAUGGCUGAGUUUAAUAUGUCCGUGCUCUAUCCUGAUGGAACAAAUCAUACAACUGAUAUUGACUGGUACAGCUCCACGGACAAUAGCACAUCUUGUCCUUAUUCCACCACCACCACCAUUAUAUGGACAGGAUCUGAUACUGAGACAUUCACAGAAACUGCCUCGGAUG